UGCAGCAUUACCAUCUUCGGUAAUUGUUUCCGUAUUUCUCGGUAGGACGAAUUCGAAAUCGCUAUGUCUGGAAGAGGUAAAGGUGGUAAAGCGACUGCUAAGCAGACGAAGAAAUCCCGAUCUACUCGUGCUGGCUUACAGUUUCCAGUCGGCAGAGUUCACAGAAUGUUACGUGUGGGUAACUACGGCGAGCGAGUAGGAGCUGGUGCUCCCGUAUAUAUGGCAGCUGUUAUGGAAUACUUAACCGCUGAAGUUCUGGAGCUAGCUGGGAAUGCUGCUCGAGACAAUAAGAAAACGCGAAUUGUUCCCAGGCAUUUGCAACUUGCAAUUCGUAAUGAUGAGGAGUUAAAUACCUUACUCGGGAAGGUCACAAUAGCUCAAGGAGGAGUGCUACCAAACAUCAAUAACGCUCUCCUGCCAAAGAAAUCCACCGAACCUACCAAAAAGUCACAAUCCCAAGAGUAUUAAUGUAUUUUCCUAUUAACAGAUUUCAAAUUAUAUGAUAUUUACCU